AUGAACAGACACCACCAAAGCGAUGAAUUGCAUAUUGAGAUUGAGGAUGAAGCAGAAGCGCGACUGAGUGGUUCCUCAAAGAAUACAAGAGAGGUGCCCGAGGAUUCUUCCAGCACGAAUACGAAUGACAAAUUGCAGACGUCAACGCGGUCGUCCACCGGAUCUUCCUCCAAGAAACGGGAAGGAUUGAAACGAUCGUCCAGUCACUCUUCACGCGGGAAACCUAGCAUUAGUUCCAGACAUUUGUCGCCAAGAGAAGAUAAGCACCACAGCCGAAAUAGGAGUUCUGAACGAAGACGAUCAUCCAGCGGCAGCAGACCUUCGCGUGACAAGCACAGCAGCAGCAGUUCCAGAAAUCUUGCGACUUCACCCUCGCGUGACAAGCAGCAUGGCCGUUCUGGGUCGCAUCAAAGACGCUCGUCGCACCGCAAAGGCAGCACUCCUUCUAGUGACGCAAGACAUCAUUCUUCGCGGCGAAAGUUAAAGUCAGAGCGGGAUUUGGGACACAGCCCUCGCAGCGAGCAAUCGCGUGAUAGUUCCCAUGAUUCUAGAAGGAAAUCAAGUAGACCUACCUCCUAUCGCAAGGGCAGUUCUAGGCGGGUAUUGAGUACUUCUCCGCAUAGGAGAAGGAGGGAGUCAAGUCGCUCCCCCUCUCAUGACCGGCAUCAUGAUUCUUCUAGAAGAAAAUCAAGUAGACCUUUGCACGAAAAGAGUAGCUCUGAAAGAAAAUUGAGUAAGUCUCCGCAGCGAAGAAGCAGCAGACGCCGAUCCUCAAGCCGCAAGCCCGACUCGAAGAAUAUUAGUCCAGCUAGUAUCUUGGAGCAUCAAGAAUAUCCUGACAACAGUCCAAUGAGCCGUUCGUGGGGAGGUUCGCAUGAAAAAAAAUCCCGAAAUGGUGAUACUCCGUAUCAUGCUUCGAUUAGUUCACCUCCGUUCACAAACAUUAAUCCAAAUGCGGAUAUGUUGUAUGGAACAGAUGAAGAUGCCAAGGCGAAAGAGAAAGCCCGGAGAGGAGGCCCGGAACGUGUCGUCAAUCCCGGUGUGCAAAGUAUCCCAAGCAAUAACAGUGUUGCUGUCAGCACAUUGUAUGGGGAUGACGCCGAUGCUGAUGCCAAGGCCAAGGCAAAACCUUCCAGGGGAGUGGCAAGCCUUCCUGGCAUUGACCGCGUGGACGGCGUGUCAGCUGCCCCCAAUUGGCGAGGGACGAGAAAUUCAAAAGGAAGCGCUUCGGGAGCUACUACUUCAACCGGGACGGUCAGCAGCGGUUCUACAAAGGCAUCUAGUGCCGUUGGCACACUUUAUGGAACUGAUGCAGACGCCAAGGCAAAGGGAAAGGCAGCAAAGAGAGGAGGAUCCGAAUUUGCAAGCAAUCCUGGUGUGGAUCGAGUGCAUUAUGAUGAAAGCAUUGCGAGCACCACCGAUACACUGUACGGAGGAAGCGAUGCAGACGCUAAAGCUAGAGCAAAAGCUUCCAAGAAUGGAGUUAGUCCAGGCUUUAGUGGCCGAACUGGUUCUACUGUGCCUCUCGAUGCAAGCUCGAGGAGCCAAGGCUUACCAGCGGCUCCAUUUGAAGAUGAAGAGGCAGCACCUGUUGCGCGAAAGGUGUCCAUCGGAAGUACUUCAAGUUCUGGAUCUUCCGGAAACGAAGACCCGGAACGCAAUCCCCUUGUCUCUUCAGCAACUGUGAAUGGAUUACAAAUACCGAAUGACCCUGAGGCUUCGCCUAGCGAUGAUGGUAUAGAUAAGGAAGUAGGUGAUAAGGAGCGUCGAAAGUCGAGGAAGCGAUGCUGCUUUCUAUUGGUUUUACUGCUUCUUGCUGGUGGAGGUGCAGCGGCUUGGUACUUUCUCGUCCGCAAUGGUGGCAGUAGCAACGAAAAUACCCGAAGCAACUCAUCCGACAUUCGGGAUCCGAGCAGUGCACCUUCAUCGUCAAGCGGAACGAAUAAGCUGCCCACUGAAGUUCCACUAGCAAGUAGCAGCCCAUCAACGUUACCGAGCGGUUCGCCAACAGAAGAGAUGUGGUAUGAUCCUCCAAGCGUGUCGGAUUGUGAACUUAUUGCCACAAACCAAACAAUCGCAGGGCGAGAGCAAAAGGAAAACGCCAAUUUCGGGUUAGACUUGGAAAUUUUACUUUCCGAUAAUGCUACCAUGACAGAGCCACUGUUGGACGAGUUAUUAGAUGCAAUUCAAGAGAAGAUUCUUCCUUCUUUAGCUGGCUGCGCCAUCAUUGUGGACACCUUCUUGGAGAGUUGGCGUUUUGUGAUUUUCGAUGCUUUUGUGAAAGGCAAUGUUGAACCAAAACAACCAUGCUCUGAUGAAGAAUUGCUCGGACAAGAUUGCCAUCGGGUCUAUGCGGAGCUGGCUCUUUUUCUGAAAGGCAAAGUUAGGUUCCUAGACAUCAUUCGUUUGAUAAGUGACGAGAAGGAUAAUUUCUCGAAUGAUUUGGGACUAUCCGAUCAGUUUCUGUUUGUGAAUUUGUUUCGGGCCGAGGGGCUGACACCUACCGUUCCCCCCACAAUGUUACCAAGCUAUACACCGAGUUUGACUCCUAGUCAGGCUCCAACAGGAAAACCAACUCCGACCCCAACAUCUCUUCCGACAAAAGCUCCGACAAUUUCCCCUACAGGCGAGGGUUCAAGAUCUCCAACUCUGGUACCGAGUUUGGAGCCAUCAUUGAUGCCAAGUACAGGUAGUCCAUCUUUGAAUCCCUCUUUGCAACCAACAGGAGUACCGACGGAAAGCCCGAGUGCGCGGCCAACUGCAAUAAUCUCAGGACCAACGUUGCCUCCAACGAGGAAUGAAACUCCUCCACCAACGUUACCUCCGACGAUGAAUCAAACUCCUCCACCGUUGCCACCUACAUUGCCUCCAUCGAGGAAUCAAACUCCUCCACCAACUGACAAUCCUACACUCUCGCCAUCGGAGUCACCAUCAGCAUCACCCUCAACCUCACGGCCAUCCCGGAGUCCUUCAGCCCCGCCAACCGCUGCACCUUCACCAUAUCCGACAACAUCGCCCACAAAGACUCCUUCGAUGAGGCCUACAGCCAGUCCAAGCCCACCACCUUCUCCAGCUCCAUCUCGAAUUCCUACACUCGCGCCUGUAUACAGCACUCAACUCAUUACUCAAGCGUAUGGACCUUAUACGAACUAUCCUGUGAGUCAAUCAUCAACCACCUGGGGCGGUACUGCAAUAAGAGCCAUUGAUGGCAACAGAAGCGGACUCUAUUGGGAUGGGUCUGUAACGCACACGAAUAAUGGUCGAAAUGAAUGGUGGCAAGUUGAUUUGGCAACUGGGGCUGGGAGUCCUGUUGUUGUGGACUACGUUACGGUGUGGAAUCGAAAUGAAAGGACUCUUGGACUACGCCUCAUUGGCGCGAUUGUCCAGCUUCUUGAUGCGGGUCAAAACGACAUCACUCCACCUGCUGUUGCUAAUACGCUGACUGGUGCCGUUGAUCAAACCAUCAACUUUGGCUUUGUACCCGGCGUUAGUUUCGUCAAAAUCAGCCAUAACAAUUAUCUUACUCUGGCCGAAGUUGAAGUUUAUGGAUAUGUACCAUAA